AAUGAAAUAAGAAUGUAAAUAUGGGGCAUACGAUCUCACGGCUUUAGUUGGCUUUUGUACUGUUUUCUUGGCACAUACGGAACUUAAAAAUAUAAUUAAUACAAAAUAAGAAGACUGUCUAAAAUAAAUCUUCAAGCCAAGGUGCACAAUAGACUCGUAUCAUUUCAAUACUACACUCGACAUGCCAUAGGCGUCUUCGAAACAUGUCAAGUAAAAUGUUGAAUAUUCUCAUGUUACUAUUUAUUUUUGGUGAGAGUUAUGGUGUUGUUUAUAAAUUGAAUGAAACCGAUUACCACCGUAUGCCCGCGUUAUUCAAAUUUGACAAUUACGAAAAUUGUUUGAGCAAGCCAGAAGGGAUAUACUGUACUACCAAUUUUGAAAUUAUAAAGACUACGCCAAACCCCAUUUAUGAUAUGAUAGUUGAAUUCUCCGAGCACACAGCGAAACAUUACAAUCAUUCUAAACUUUUCUACGGCGUGUGCUUGUUUGAUAAUCGUAACCAAACAAACGUUUCAACAUGGGACCCGAAACAGAGCGUUGAGGCCCAUCUCAACGAAUCGUUUUGGUCCGAGCAUCGCUUAAAAACAAAAGUCAUCGAUGUAUCGUGUUCCAAUGAGAAGGAGGAUUCCAAGUUGGAUAUCGGUGACGCAAUCGUUGGCACCGCUUGUCUUAUUUUAAUUCUACUGAACGUCGUUGGAAGUUUCUGUGAUUUAUACUUCAGUGAUGGAAAUAAUAAAAAUAAGGAUUGGUACCAAUGUUUUUCAAUACGAUGCAACUGGCGUAGACUAACUAAGCCAUUUGACGAGACCAACCCGCGGCUUCGUCCACUCAAAUGUUUGAACGGUUUAAGGAGUGUAUUAAUGUGUUCGGUAAUAAUGAUACACAUAAUUCUCCCAGUCUUCGUAUGUAACGAUAAUCCUAGAUAUGUGGAACAGCUGUAUGACAACAUUUACUACUAUCUGCUAUUCAACGGUUCAAUGAUUAUACAAAUUUUCAUUAUAAUGUCUGGAUUCCUGCUCUCAUACAACUUGCAAAUAUAUGAAGAGAGCCAUGAGAUUAGCUGGAAAAUUCUACCACAACAGACUUUGGCGAGAUGGUUGCGGCUUACUCCACCGUAUGCCUUAAUAUUGGCAGUAACAUCGACUUGGUUCAGACAUGUCAAUACAGGAAUAUUCGGGCAUGAGCUGGUUAUGUCCGAAAUUCGUGACUGCAGAAAAUAUUGGUGGCAACAUCUCUUGUACAUCCACAACUACACUAAAGACUCAAACUGCUUGUUACAAUCUUGGUACAUAGCCGCUGAUGUGCAGCUAUUCAUUUUUGGAUUAAUCAUCUAUCUAGUCAGCCGAAAUCCAAGAUCUAGGAAGAUAAUCCUCCCAACUGUUUUCUUCAUCGGCAUUGCCAUUAUAGCAGCCCACACCUACUUGGAAGACUUGGACGGUACCGUCAUGGUUACUCCUGAAGUCAUUCGUAACCAAAUCAGGAGAGUCCCGACGUUCUUAAAAGUGUACAGACGAAGUCACACUAAUAUACCCUGUUAUAUCCUGGGGAUGGGUGCAGGAUACCUGUUUUACUAUUGGCAGAAGAUUAAUCUGAAUUUGCACAAAUUUAAGAAAUAUAAAUUGCUCUGCUGCAUGCUUGGUCCGCUGCCAGUAGUCCUAGGUUCUGGCAUCAUGGUCACGGCCUCGUAUUUCUACAUGGACGCGCCAAGGUCUUCAGUCAUGUUGAGAACAAUUUAUGCUGCAACUGCGAAACCUACUUAUGGACUGCUGUUUACAGUUCUUAUAUGCGCAAUGAUCAUGAAACUUGAAAACGUCUUCCGCCCAGUGUUCGAGUGGGGUUGGUGGGCAAUCGUGGCGCGACUCUCUUACUGCGCCUACACUCUCCAUAUGACCAUUAUUCGGUACACCGCAUCACUGUCCACCGUUCCUUUCCAGCAUUCGACUAUGGCAAUGGUUCAAUACUACCUUUUCAUCUUGACCGUCUCUUUGCUCCUCUCCAUCCCGCUCUGGUUGCUGGUCGAACAACCGAUGAAUCAAAUGUGGAAACUGUGUCUAAGCUCUUCCUCUAGGACGGCGCACGCACAGAAGAAAAUUGAACCGGAAUUGCAAACACAGUCAAAGUUUUAAACAGAAAGAUUCAUCAUCAUCAUCAUCAACAGAACCCGGCCGUUCACUUCUGGGUUUAUAUCCUCCGAGGUUCACUAUAAUAACCGGUUCUGGGCUACCUGCGUCCAGUGGAUACCCGUCACCUUCUGCAUGCGGUCAGAAAGAGUAUAAUGUAUACAUUUAUUAUGACAUAAGUCAGCGGUACCAAGUCGGUAGGCAGCGGUUUGGCUCUGCUCCUGGCAUUGCUGAAGUCCAGGGGCGACGGUAACCACUCACCAUCAGGUGGGCCGUAUGCUCGUCUGCCUACAAGGGCAAUAAAAAAAAGUCUUAUUUUGCACUGCACUGCACUGGUAGGUACCACAGCCAGUAUCCGGAAAAAAUACAAUAAAAAGAACGCGAAGGAAAUAAACGCACAGGAAAAGUCCACAGGAAAUAUCCACACAUGGAUUGAAUUGCACAAAGAAAACCUCGCAAUAGAAAAAAAAAAGAUUAAGAGCUUUUUUUCGAAAAAAAAAUUAGGCUAUGUCAAAUUAAAUAGUCAAACAUAUAAAAUGCCCAUUUUUACUAAAUCUAAUUCAUUUUUUGUACUUUAAGUUCAGUUUUAUUUUAUACUCAAUGGAGUGCUCGACGAGCCAGAAGACAAGUGACUUCUCGUUUCUAGCAGUUAUGAACACAGAUAAUACACGGUUAUGAAUACUUUCAUUUUCGCAAAUUUCGUGACGUGAAAAUCUACAGAAUAAGUCUCAUUGCAUAUAUUAUUAUGAAGUAUUAUGAAGACGUAAAACAACAAUAUUGUACAAGAACCAAAUAGGAACAAAAAAUCCAUGAUUCUUGUUCGCAAGCAGCUGAAAUAAGGAUUGCUAAAAACAAAAUGAAAGAAGCAAUGAAUGCAAUAUGUUCCAGCUCUCGCAAUGUUAUUGGAAAGAAAUUAUUUAAAGUUAACAAAGAUGAACUUGCAUGAUUUCCAAAGAAAUGUUCCCUUGGUAUAACUCAUUGAAAUUACCAAGCAAAUAAACACUUGCCGAAUUCAUCCACGAUAGAUCAUGCAAUUCCUGUGAAACAUUUGGAAUACAAACAUUUGGAUUUGAAACAUGGUAUUAAACGACAUCAGAUUAAACGAAUUAAAUCGAAUUUCAAUACUGGGAGAUCAAGAAUUACAGUCUCCAUUAAGCCAAACCAUACAAGCGUCUACAUAAACUACGUUCAUAAUAAAUGUACCUACGUGCAAAAUUUUACUAGUUAAGGCGUUUACUUUACAUAAGAUAGCAUGCCUAAGUACCACCUACCUACCAUCACCUUUCACUUUUCAAUUAAACUAAGCUCACGCCAAUUUCUCAAA